UACCCACAAAACAGAAGUUUGAAAAGUCAAAACUCCCCAGCCUACAUAUUCGGAUCCCAAGCACAUCAUCAUCAUUUUUCUUCACAAUCCUCUCUCUCUCUCUCUCCUCCCCCACCGCACCCAGCGAUGGCCCAGACCUGCUCACCCUCCGAACUCGCCCAAUUCCUGGGCCCAAACUCCACCGCCGCCGCCUCCUACAUCUGCUCCCAAUUCACCACCGUCAACGACAAGUUCACCGACACCACCUACGCCGUCGACUCCACCUACCUCCUCUUCUCCGCCUAUCUCGUCUUCUCCAUGCAGCUCGGCUUCGCCAUGCUCUGCGCCGGCUCCGUCCGCGCAAAGAACACCAUGAACAUCAUGCUCACCAACGUCCUCGACGCCGCGACCGGCGGCAUCUUCUACUACCUCUUCGGCUUCGCCUUCGCCUUUGGCUCCCCUUCCAACGGCUUCAUCGGCCGCCACAACUUCGCCUUGAAGUCCAUACCUUCUUCCCUAUUCGAUUACAGUUACUUUCUAUACCAGUGGGCUUUUGCUAUAGCCGCUGCUGGGAUUACGAGCGGCUCGAUAGCCGAGCGGACCCAGUUCGUGGCAUACCUUGUUUACUCGUCGUUUUUGACGGGUUUCGUUUACCCUGUUGUUUCGCACUGGUUUUGGUCAGCUGAUGGGUGGGCUAGUGCAUCGAAUACGAAUAACUUGCUAUUCGGGUCUGGAGUAAUUGAUUUUGCCGGAUCAGGAGUCGUUCACAUGGUUGGUGGAAUUGCAGGAUUAUAUGGGGCUCUAAUUGAAGGUCCGAGAAUUGGCCGAUUCGACCACACGGGACGGUCCGUAGCGCUCCGUGGGCACAGCGCUUCCCUCGUCGUGCUUGGCACCUUCAUACUCUGGUUCGGUUGGUACGGCUUCAACCCGGGUUCAUUUGCCAAAAUCUUAAGUCCUUACACCAGCGGCACUUACUACGGGCAGUGGAGCGCCGUGGGUAGGACUGCGGUGACCACCACCUUAGCCGGUUGCACGGCGGCUCUAACUACCCUCUUCGGGAAACGAAUCCUUUCCGGCCACUGGAACGUCACCGACGUCUGUAAUGGUCUUUUGGGCGGGUUCGCUGCCAUCACCGCCGGUUGCUCGGUCGUGGAGCCGUGGGCGGCGAUCAUAUGCGGGUUCGUGGCGGCGCUGGUUCUCAUAGGGUGUAAUAUGUUGGCUGAGAAGGCCAAAUUUGACGACCCAUUGGAGGCGGCACAACUCCAUGGCGGGUGCGGCGCGUGGGGGGUGAUUUUCACGGCGCUUUUUGCGACGGAGAAGUACGUGAACGAGGUUUACACGGGUAAACCCGGCCGACCGUACGGGUUGUUCAUGGGCGGCGGAGGGCGGUUGCUGGCGGCACACGUGAUUCAGAUUUUGGUGAUUAUCGGGUGGGUCAGUGCCACAAUGGGUCCCCUGUUUUUUAUCCUUCACAAGUUCAAUUUGCUUCGGAUAUCGGCGGAGGACGAGAUGUCGGGUAUGGAUCUGACCCGACAUGGUGGGUUUGCUUAUGCGUACCACGAUGAUGAUGAGGGGAACAAACAUGGGAUCCAGAUGAGGAGGAUAGAACCAUCAGCUCAAAUAUAAAAAUGGGUUUUCGUAAUUUUUGGUUUCAUUUUUUUUAGCAUUGUUAGGUUGUGAAGGUUCUAUGUAUGAUAAUUAUUAUUUAUUGGGUUGGAGAAAAUGGAAAUAUGGACUGUAUUCCUUUGCUUU